AUGAAUAACACAGAGUAUCAGCACAACAUCACAGUUCAAUACUGCUUUCCUGACAGUACUGCAUCUUGCAGAAAGGAAGUUCAAACAGGCCCUGCUUAUAUGUUAUUGUUCAUUUUUCUCUCAUGUGUAUCUGUGUGCACUGUGUUUCUGAACCUGCUGGUGAUCAUCUCCAUCUCUCACUUCAAGCAGCUCCACACUCCCACCAACCUGCUCAUCCUCUCUCUGUCUGUGGCGGAUCUACUUGUGGGAUUGAUUGUUAUGCCAGUGAAAGUAAUGAGGCUGAUUGACUCUUGUUGGUAUCUUGGAAUAGUGGCAUGCAUUGUUUCUGAAAUAAUCAUUGGCCUUUCGAUGUUUGCAUCUCUCAGUAGUUUAAUUUUCAUUGCAGUUGAUCGGUACAUUGCUGUCAGUGACCCUCUUCUGUAUUCCAGUAGAAUCACAGUUUGUAAAAUGUCUGUAUUCAUAUUCCUUGGCUGGUCUUUCUCUCUGUUUUAUAUUGUAAUUUAUUUUUACUUUAAUAAUCAUCUUCUGCCGUCUCAGAUUUACAUUAGAUGUUAUGGUGAGUGUGUAGUAUUUCUAAAAUAUUCUUGGUUGGUUAUUGACCUGGUGAUUUUUUUUCUAGUCCCCUGCUCCGUUAUACUGAUCUUGUACUCAAUUAUUUUUAAUGUGGCAAGACGACAAGCCAAAGCUGUUAGAGCUGUCAUGAAUAUAAUCUCACAAAAAGUUUCAAGCUCUUCUCAAAUCAAAGCUGCAAAAACACUAGGAAUUGUAAUAUUUGUUUAUCUUGCUUGCUGGAUACCUUAUUAUGUAAGCUCUCUGUCAGUUGAAAGUGUUACGUCUUUGUCGAUGGUGUGGACUGUGUUUGGGUGGCUAAUAUGCAUUAACUCCUCUGUGAAUCCAUUAAUUUAUGCCAUAGUCUACCCAUGGUUUAGAGAAUCAGCUAAGUAUAUUUUAUCAUGUAGAAUAUUCGAAUCCUCAUCUUCAAGGUUUAAUUUGCUUCCCCAGCAUUUUUAA